GCCCGGCGGGCUGUGAGGGGCUGUGGGGACUCUCGAGGCCCAGCCCAGCGCCGGGGAGUGGGGCUUGCGGUGGAACGGGCUGGCUGCUGGGGACGGACUUAAACCACCUUCCCCCUGGGGAAGGGGGCCAGUCUGCACUCCCUGGCUCUUCCGCUCUCUGCCGUAACUUUGGGGUGUGGCAAGGGUUAGUGGCCGGCGUUCACCCCGGACCUAGGCGCAAAAGAGUCGCUUUGCCAGCCAAGCCCAGCCGGGGACGGGGUCAGGGCCACUAGGUUCCUGGUAAGGUUGAAAGACCGAGUGUGUAACACCGUUAAAGUGAGUCUGUGCGAGAGAAGAAUUUUGUGGACUGCGUCAGUGUGAGUGUGAGGAGAGUCCCAGAGCCUCACCAUGUCCGGGAAACGCAAGCGAGUGGUGUUGACUAUUAAAGAUAAGCUGGAUAUUAUAAAGAAACUUGAAGACGGAGGUUCUUCCAAACAACUGGCAGUGAUUUAUGGAAUUGGUGAGACAACAGUUCGGGAUAUAAGAAAAAAUAAGGAAAAGAUUAUAACUUAUGCAAGCAGUUCUGAUUCCACAAGCCUUCUGGCCAAGAGAAAAUCUAUGAAGCCGUCCAUGUAUGAGGAACUGGACAGAGCAAUGUUGGAAUGGUUCAACCAGCAAAGAGCAAAAGGGAAUCCCGUGUCCGGACCCAUUUGUGCAAAAAGGGCAGAGUUCUUCUUCUAUGCGUUGGGAAUGGAUGGUGAUUUUAACCCUUCUGCCGGCUGGUUAACUCGUUUUAAGCAGCGGCACAGCAUUAGAGAAAUUAACAUUAGAAAUGAAAGAUUAAAUGGAGAUGAGACCGCUGUGGAAGAUUUUUGUAACAACUUUCGAGACUUUAUUGAACGAGAGAAUCUACAACCUGAACAAAUCUACAAUGCAGAUGAAACUGGACUCUUUUGGAAAUGUCUGCCAUCCAGGACUUCAGUAAUCAAAGGUAAAUACACUGUCUCUGGCCACAAGUCAGUUGAAGAAAGAGUCACUAUCAUGUGUUGUGCCAAUGCAACAGGUUUACACAAACUUAAACUUUGUGUUGUGGGGAAAGCAAAGAAACCUCGCUCUUUCAAGUCGAUUGACACUUCAAACCUGCCAGUCUCUUAUUUCAGCCAGAAAGGUGCAUGGAUGGAUCUUUCCAUUUUCCGACAGUGGUUUGAUAAGAUAUUUGUGCCACAAGUUCGAGAGUACUUAAGAUCCAAAGGACUGCAGGAAAAGGCUGUGCUCUUGUUGGAUAAUUCACCAACACAUCCAAAUGAAAACGUACUGAGAUCAGAUGAUGGCCAAAUAUUUGCUAAAUAUUUACCACCUAAUGUGGCUUCAUUGAUUCAGCCCUCAGAUCAGGGAGUCAUAGCCACAAUGAAAAGAAACUAUCGUGCAGGUCUUCUCCAGAACAACUUGGAAGAAGGUAAUGACUUGAAAUCAUUCUGGAAAAAGCUAACUCUGCUAGAUGCACUUUAUGAAGUAGCAAUGGCAUGGAAUUUAGUAAAGCCAGUUACUAUUAGCAGAGCAUGGAAGAAGAUUAUCCCUACCAUAGAGGAGAAAGAAGGCUUGGACUUUGAUGAAGAAGAUAUUUCGCUGGCUACCGUGGCCACCAUUUUACAACACACUAAAGGAUUGGAAAAUGUGACUACUGAGAACAUUGAAAAAUGGCUCGAAGUGGACAGUACUGAACCGGGUUAUGAGGUGUUAACUGAUAGCGAAAUCAUCAGAAGAGCACAAGGCCAGACAGACGAAUCCAGUGAAAAUGAGGAGGAGGACAUAGAACUGAUUCCAGAGAAACAUAUCAAUCAUGCUGCUGCUCUCCAAUGGACUGAAAACUUAUUGGAUUACCUAGAACAGCAAGGUGAUAUGAUUCUGCCUGAUAGAUUGGUGAUACGUAAACUUCGAGCCACCAUCAGAAAUAAACAGAAGAUGACCAACUCAAGUCAAUAACGGCAUUUUAUUGUUAUUGGUUUGGUGAUUGUGUUUGUAACUCAACCUCUUUGCAAUAAUGGCUUAAUUUUAUUUGCGUUCUGAAUUCUCACAGUCCUAUAAAAUACAGAUACAAAAAUGUAUCCGAAGUGGUUUGCGGUUAUGUGUUUUGUUGUAUCAUCUCUUUCUGUUGUCCUUUUAUUUGUACAGAUAAUUUAAAGCUGGUUCUGUAUAGAUAUAAAUUACAUGUACACAUGUAUUCACUUUUGUAGAUCUACAAUUAUCCCUUCCAUAACAGUGGCAUUCUCUAAAUUUUCUAGCAAAAGUUACAGUAGUGAACAGAUUGAGCACUUUCCUGAAAUCUUUUGUUUGAUUUGUGAGGGCUGCCACAGUAAUCUUGUGUUAACCAUAUUAAACAGUUAUCUGUUUUGAGUAUCUGUAUACGCUGACACAAUGAGGAAUUUCAGGAUCUAUAAUAAUUCAAAAUGAAGUUCUAUAAUGAGGAAACUGAUCUAUGGAUUACAAAAAUAACUUAGAAUUAAUACUGUUAUAUUUGGGUGGCAAUAGGGAGAGAUUUUUCUGGAAAUGAGGUAAAUACAAUAUAGAAAGUGAUUGCUAAAUUAACGAGAAAACUAUUGGAAAGCUUAUAUAUAAAAGAUAUUCUGAUCUAUUCAUUUGUAGAAAACUGAGUUGAAAAUUCGGGAACUGUGCGUUAUUUAUACAAAGGGAAUAAAUAGGCUUUUAAUUGGGUCUUUAUUGUGAAUUGGGUAACAGUAUAGUUUAUUAUUUAUUCAUCUAAUUGUAGUAUAGGUUUUGUAAUGUUACAUGUGGUUAUAUGAGCUCCCACCUUAUAUAUGGGGGAACAUCUUUGGAAUUUGAAAGUUAUUUUUUUACUGUGUACUUGACAUUGUCUAUAAUUUAAAAAAGUCAUACCUACCCCUUUUAUUUCAUAAAGAAGUUUUUAAUGUUUUUAAUAAGCCAUAGCUUACGACCUGCUUUAUGAAGAAAGCAGAAAUAAUUAUGGAAAGUGCCAGAUUCUAAGGAAUUUCAUCAUUUGUUAUUUUGGCACUUGUAAAAACAUUAUUCUAGACUUUGUCAGAAUUUUGAUAAAUUUGCUUAGUAAAACUUUAGUGUGUUUAUUUAAAACCUGAAAAGACUUUACUUAUGUGAAUAUUUAAUUUGUAAUUUAAAAGCAAAGUGUCUCCAUAUUAUUUAAUGUUUUGGCCCUAAAUUUAAAAAAUAAAGUAGAAUUGUUCUCUGUCGUUCAUUCUUAAAGAUUUAAUGUUGUAAUUGAAAUACUUUGUAUUUUAUAGUGCCUUUCUUAGAAUUCUAAAACUUCAAAAAGAUUUUUAGCUUUCCAUAGUUUCUGUUAUCUUUAUGAUAUAUGUCUAGAUUUUUUUAGAGACAUAUCUGUGAUGAGAACUUUAAAAGUAGUAUGUGUUGCAUGAAUUGCCUUAGUACACAGAGGAAAAAAAGCAUCAGAAGUUAACAUAGAUAUUGAAUCAGAUAAUUACACUUUCUGCAAUAAAUUAAUUGUAUGUAAAGGGAUUUUUCAUUUUCCUAAAAUGAAAGUAUGUACUAAAAAGCUUGGAAUUUUGGUCUGGAUUUGCUGUUUUCAAAUUAACGUUAUCAGUGAAAUUCAGCUGUAUUAUUGCCACCUAGUGGUAAUAUUAACAUUACUGUUAAGCUGUGUGUUUUUAAACUUUAAUAUCUAGUAAAAAAAAAAAGGUUCACUGUUUUGUGGCCUUGAGUGUG